AUGGAGAGUAAGAAUGAUAUGGAAAUUAAAUAUAUACGUAGAUAGCAAAUGUAGAACAGAUAUGCCUACAUUAAGUAACAGUAGAAUUGUUAUCACUUAUUCGAUGCUGAAUUCUAAGAUUUUAUUGAUAAUUAAGUGAGAAAAUGUUAUUCUAAAGCCUUAUUAAAAGAAGCCUUAGAAUCUCAUGAUGCCAAAUUACUGCAGUAAGUUAGGUACAAGUGUGUUUCUUCAAUUGAUGUAGGAGUUGGAGGAGCAAGCGAAAAAGAUCAAUUCCUAUAUUUUGUGUGCAGAUUAUGA